CGUUAAAAUUAUUCAAUAUAUUUUGUACUUUUAUGUCAAAUUUUGGUGUUAUCCUUUUAAAUUCGUUAUUUUUAAUUUAUCUGUUCGAAUAUUUUAAAAAAGUUAAACUUAAAAAUAUUUGUUGAGGUAAGAAAGGUAAGAGGCAGGUUUGUCUGGAAUGGCAGUGGAGAAACCUUCAAAAGAGACUUUCGCUGCUGCUCGUAGGAUGUGUUAAUUAUAAUUCUUUCGGGAUGACAAAGCGAAAAGUGCCUGGUUCGACUCCGAAGAUGAAUUUCAGGCCGAACAGCGAAAAAGAAGGUAAAGGUACAAGGCCGACGGCACAACCCAGCAGCGUGAAGAACGUGAUGCUACUCCUCGUGCAGCACAUCUGCAGAAGGGUGCUGUUCGUCGACACUUUCUACAGAGUCGUCUUCUACCUCGGGAUGAUAUUCGUCGUCUCUGUCGUCAUGGAUUUCGCCCCGGCUCCGAGGUCGGUGGCCGUGAGCAAGGACAACUUCUUCAACACGUACUUCGUUAAAAUCGGCUGGGGGUGGACUUUGCUACUCAGUUUGCCGUUCGUGAGCAUAACCAGUUUCGUAUAUUGCUGCGGCAAAAGGGAGAAAGUCCUGAGGCAUGUUUCCAGGCUGGCGACGGCGACCUUGAUCUGGUACUUCUCGACCACCGCUUUCAACUAUAUCGAACGGAUCUACGGAAGGUGCAACGUCAAGGAUGCGAGCCUGCAGAGCAAAUCGACCUGCCUGAGGAAAGGUUUCUACUGGCAAAGUGUGGACAUAUCGGGCCAUUGUUUCAUCCUUAUGUAUUCUACGCUCGUUCUUAUCGAGGAGUGCAGGGUCGUAAUAGGAUGGGAGAAGAUCGCAGACUUGCUGCGCGAUGAGAGCCACAUUAGAGAACAGCAGGAAUCGAACUAUUCCAACCCGCUGCGCGUCCUCAAUCCAACAGAUUUCCAGCAUCUGGCAAACUCUUAUGAAAAGCUCACUCCUUAUGUAAGAUCAUUGUUCAUAAGUAUAACAGUGCUGUGUGUCAUCUGGGACGUCAUGCUUUUCCUGACCGUCCUCUUUUACCACAGCAUGCUUGAGAAGCUCCUUGCCGGGCUGACAGCUGUUUCGGUUUGGUACUUGACAUACUAUCUACUCUAUCCGAAGGUGGCCCUUUUUGUAUCGCCGGGUGUCGGCGAGUUCAAAUACAGUGAAAGAUCCAUCCCGGCCCCUCCUUCAUUAAAACAAAAACGGUCAUCGCUGACCAAAAAUCCUUCGACCAUCAAUACAUUCGGAAAGAAACAAGAGGAAAAAAACACAUCCAACAAUAUUUAAAAGGAUAAUAAAACUACUUGUUCGGCAUUUUGAUCGGAUUUUAAUAUCGCCGAGUCCAAAAAUAAACCAAAAGUAUGAAUCCUUAUCACAAUUUAAAAAAAGCUCUCUCAAUCAUACUUUCUGUAGAUAACCUUUUUUACUUUUUUAAAAAUGUAAUUAAGCAGUGUGUGAAAAUAACUCAAAUUUUUGUUUUUCGUAAAGAACCAGACUCAUCGAGAACCCUCAAUGUUAUACCUUCCAUGUACAAGCCUCAUAUUUUCAUUAAUAAUUAAACAAUUACGGGUGGUAUAAUUUUUUCUUAUUUUUCGGCCUUUUUUGAAAUAGUCAAAGAAAAUUUUUAAAUAUGUUUGCCGAACAUUUCUGUGUCAUUUUCAAAUACGUUUUAUUGCUGGGAAAUAUUUCCAAUCACAUAUUUGAAAAUGGCUCAGCGUGCCAGAAACGUCGUACAUUUAAACAUUUUAACCAUCUUAAUACAAAAGAUAGUAUGAAAAUAAGAGAAUCCAGCCAUCUAUAAAAAUUUAAAAAAAGGACAAAAACAAAGAAUUAAACCUUAGAUUUUCCACACAAAACUUAUUCACUUGUGUUGUGCUUAAACAUUUAAUAUGUUAAUUUAAACAUCUAACAUUAAAAAAAAUUAACUUAAAAACUUCGGCCAUUUUGGAGACAUGUUUUCACGUAGUCGAUGAGUUUUGAUUUUAACGAACAGGACUUUUUUUGUAACAAUCACUUUUUUUCUUCAAACGAGGGCAUAUCUGUGAUAAACAUUAAAUUUUGUAGUUCCAAUGCGUCUUUUUUUCCCACCAGGAUUGUUGCAUUUGGGUUCUCAGUUCAAUGUUGUACAGUGUGAAUAGUAGUUGUCUAGGACAGAUAUCGAUAACUGUUGUAAAAAGCCUAUGCCUUUUUCUUUCUUUCUUACUUUUAUUUUCUACUUUAGUGUUCGUAUUGUUUGAACUGUUGAAAUUUGUUGUCUGUUAUGCUGUGUUACUGAGUAAAAAUAUUUUUAUAAAUUAAA